AUGUUGAGCGCAAGACUCAUUGAAUGCACUCACAAAUCACUUUUGCAUCAGGAUCUAUCGUUUUUAUCUCAGGGAAUCGAAGGAAGAUCGAAAAAUCCAAUUUCGCUUUUGAUCGAUGCCAUGACACAUCCAGGAGCCGACAUGGGUUUGGAAUGGCCAUCUUUGAUAACGUGGAAAAAAACGGCGAAAAGUUUGGAUCACGUGGUAUUAGGAAAAGGUGAUCCCGGCGGUACGUGGCUCACUGUGGCCGAUCACGUGCUCACAAUAAGUCCGGGACGUUGGAUGGCGUUGCCCGGUUUGGAAUUCAAUGAAUAUCACGAUAAGAGAGCUCCAGCAUAUGCCGUUGCCAAAUAUUAUAUGGAAUACGUAAAGAAAAAUGAUCUCGGUCCUUACAUGGCUUCGCAAUCAACGGUCACAAUGAUUCAACCCAUACCUACUCAAAAAUCAAAAUCGAACGGAUGCAUACAAACGACGGGGUUGAACGAGAGUGAGAAAACGUCCGGGAAUUCGAAUCGCAACAACGGGUUAAAUCAUACGGAUGAUGCGUUCGGAAGGAAAACGAACAGUUCGCCACAUGUAGGAGGAGGGAUCGCCGAGGGUGGCGACGGUGUCGGUGGCGGUGUCGGUGGGGGGAAAAAGUUAACAAACAACAAACAAUUGAAAAAUAACACGAACGGUCACGUCGAAGACACCUCUCCAUUAUUGUUCCAGCCGACAUUCCAAAAAAUGAUAACAAAAGUUUUAAUUGUCGGAGCUGGUUUGAGCGCGUCCGACGCCAUAUUGGCAGCGUGGAAGAAAAAUUAUGACGUCAUACACGCGUUUAGGAGUCCGUUAACGACGACCAAAUUACCCGCCGUCAUUUAUCCGGAAUAUCACGAGUUGUACGAAUUAAUGGAAGGUUCGACGACGAGAAAAGAUUACACUCCGUUGCCCGGAUAUCAAGUCACGGAAUUCGGUAACGAUAAAACGGUUAAACUUUCGGAUUGUACGGGAAAUGUGAAAAUAAUAAAAGUUUCAUCCGUGGCCAUACUUAUCGGUUCUCAACCGGAUUUGAAUUUCCUACCGAAAACUCUUAGAAAUUUAGGGAUAGACGCGAACAAACCCAUCGAUUGCAAAACGAAUCCGAUACAAAUAGAACCUUUUAGUUAUAAGUGCGUUCGUGCUCCUCCCGGAUUGUACGCUUUGGGGCCUUUAGUCGGUGAUAAUUUCGUUAGGUUUUUACAAGGCGGUGCAGUAGCCGUAGCCGGAAAUAUAUUUAAAGAUAAUUUUUAUAAAAAUGUAAAAUAA